AUGGCGUGCUGUCACGGCACCAAGCCUGACCUGCUUGGGUCACGUGGGCAGCACCAGCUCAAUGCUCAGGACGAGGUGCCUACGACCAGCCGAGCCAAUUUGCUACCCGUGCAAGCAGCUGAGGGAGAUGGUUUGGGUGGUGACGCGGAUGACUUGCGACACACACCACCACAGUCCCGUGGCGGCGGACGCCCUCCUAAACGCUAUUUUCCUCCGUCUAUAUCUUCAGCUCAGUCUCGCGGACGCCCUCGCGGACGCCCUCGGCUGGCACGCAAUCCUGUUGGCCGCCCACCUACGCAACAUCUUCCCCAAGAAAACCCUCCACGAGAUUUGAACGAACCUGCGGCUGGGUCUCGCGGACGCCCUCGCGGACGUCCUCGGCUAGCACACAAUCCCAUCGGCCGCCCACGCAUGCAAACGCUCCACGAAGGAAACCUUCCGCGCGAAUUUAACGAAUCCGGUCCGCGGUUUACAGGCGACGAUCAGGAGACGCCGCUGUUAGCCGAAGACAUUGCGAUCAAGAGGGAGUUCGACGAAACGCUUGCCGCAAAGGAGAUGCAACGAUGCCUGCGUUGCAAGGAGCGCUGGUUUGACAUCAAGCUCAUGGCGGACGGCGUUCGUGGGCAGCAAUACAAGUAUCGUGGUCAUAUUGUACACUUCCUGCGCGACGUGGGCAAGGUGUAUUCCGAGCUUCCCUUAUUGCCCAAGGAUUUGGACAUUGUUAUCCUCCGCCCACGUGGAUCUGAGAAUGUUGAACAGAUGGACCGACAAUUCCGCAACCGCUUCCGAGUCCGUCGAGCAGCAGUCGAGACAUGGCUCAGAUUCCUCGCCGACAACCACCCUGGCUAUAGGAAUUUCACCUGGAACUACGACAACCUCUCCCAGUUGCCAGAGGACGGCAACGUCAUUGAUCAGCUGAAUAUCCACGAGGUCGAGGAGUGUGAAGGUUUGCCUGCAGAUUCUGGCCUUGUUGAAGAACCGGAAGAGGACGGAGAGGUUGUUGACGAAGCUGCGGUGCCCAAUAUGCUAGUCCACGACUCAGAAUUGAACCAGCUGCAAGAGCGAGUCGACGGUGGGGCUGCCGAAGUCAAUGCCGCCAAUGAGCAAGUGCCCCUACAGCCCGUUGAGCCUCAGGCUGCUCAUCAGCUGAAGAUGCCUUCCAUCCGACGUACUCCUGUCGACGAGUUCAACCAAACGCAUGCGCUGCUCUCACUAGCUUGCCCGACCAUGUUUCCUCGAGGGGUUGCGGACUUCGUUGAACCUAGACAGCGCAAGAUCUCCUACCAGGAUUACAUCCAGCAUGCCAUGAAGUGGGAAGAUGGCCGAUUCGCUAAACAUCACAGCUUCCGAUUCAUCGCGCUAAACACUCUGAUGAGGCAGCAGGCAAGGGGUCACAGUCGAUUCUACGUCAGCAAGAAUCACCGCACACCUCUUACGAAGGAAGCCCUUCAGGAGGCGCUUGCCGACCCAGACAGACCGGAAGCUCAGGCCAUUCUGAAUCGGAUUUCUCGUUUUGCUGGUGUCAUCAAAAGUACACGUCCCUUUUGGUACCGUCGACGUCGCGAGUGCGAGUCUUUUGCGCACUACCUGGGUGUCCCCUCUACUUUCAUCACACUGAGCCCAGCUGAUCUGCAUUGGCAAAGCCUCUACCAGCACAUGCCCGAAUACGAGGAGUGGAAGGUCCUUGAUGAGCAGAAACGCAUGGCCAAGUCCGAGAGGUUGCCGAGGUCAUCAAGAGGCCUGGAAAGGGCUGGUGGUCGUUCGAAGCCGAGCGCAACGAUACCCACCUGA